CUGCUAUUUUAUACUGAUGAGAGUUAGUUAUCUCCACAGAUAUCUUGACUGGCAUCGGUUGGUGGAAGUAAAACUCACAGAGGUACUGCAACCGAGAGGAGAAAUGGAGCUGCAGACAGUUCAGUUUGACCAAGAAACCUUCUGCUGUUCCAUCUGCCUGGAUCUACUGAAGGAUCCAGUAACUAUUCCCUGUGGGCACAGUUACUGUAUGAGCUGCAUUAAAAGACACUGGGAUAAAGAGAAUCAGAGAAGAAUGCAUAGCUGCCCUCAGUGCAGAGAGAACUUCACUGAGAGGCCAGUUAUAAAGAAGAACAGCAUGUUAGCAGCUGUACUGAAACAACUGAAGACGACUGGACUCCAAGCUGCUCCUGCUGAUCACUGCUAUGCUGGACCUGAAGAUGUGGCCUGUGAUUUCUGCACUGGAAGAAAACUGAAAGCCACCAAGUUCUGUUUGGUCUGUCUGGCCUCUUACUGUGAGAAACACCUUCAGCCUCAUUAUGAUUCAGCUACAUUUAAGAAACACAAGCUGGUGAAGCCCUCCAAGUACUUCCAGGAGAACAUCUGCUCUCGUCAUGAUGAGGUGAUGAAGAUAUUCUGCCGUACUGAUCAGAAGUGUAUCUGUUAUCUCUGCUCUGUGGAUCAACAUAAAGGCCAUGACAUAGUGUCAGCCGAAGCAGAAAGGACUGAGAGGCAGAGAGAGCUGGAGGAGAGACGAGGAAGAAUCCAGCAGGGAAUCCAGGACAGGGAGGAAGAUGUGAAGCUGCUUCAGCAGGAGGUGGAGGCCAUCAAUCACUCUGCUGAUAAAACAGUGGAGGACAGUGAGAAGAUCUUCACUGAGCUGAUCCGUCUCAUCCAGAAAAGAAGCUCUGAUGUGAAGCAGCAGAUCAGAUCCCAGCAGGAAACUGAAGUGAGUCGAGUCAAAGAGCUUCAGGAGAAGCUGGAGCAGGAGAUCACUGAGCUGAAGAAGAAAGAAGCUGAGCUGAAGCAGCUCUUAAACACAGAGGAUCACAACCAGUUUCUCCACAGCUACCCCUCACUGUCAGCACUCAGUGAGUUUACACACUCAUCCAGCAUCAAUAUCCGUCCUCUGAGACACUUUGAGGAUGUGACAGCAGCUGUUUCAGAGCUCAGAGAUAAAAUGCAGGACAUUAUUCGAGAAACAUGGACAAACAUCUCAUUAAUGCUGCCUGAGGUGGAGGUUUUACUUUCAGGACCAGAACCAAGAAGUAGAGCAGGGUUCUUAAAAUAUUCAUGUAAAAUCACACUGGAUCCAAACACUGCACACCCAGAGCUGGACCUAACAGAGGGGAACAGGAAGGUGAGAUGGAGGAGUAAAGCUCUGACUUUUUGUAAAGACCCAGAAAGAUUCACUACUUGUUGUCAGGUUCUGAGCAAAGAGAGUCUUACUGGAUGUUGUUACUUUGAGUUAGAGUGGAAAGGGAGACUUCAUGUAGGAGUCUCUUACAAGAGCAUCAGCAGAGCAGGAAGUUCGAAUGAAUGUCAUUUUGGAUCUAAUGACAAAUCUUGGGCAUUAAUUUGUAACCAUACCGAUUCCAUUUUUUGUCACAACAACGUCUGGACCUCCAUCUCAGGUCCAGUAUCGUACAGAAUAGGAGUGUAUCUGGAUUAUACCGCAGGUAUUCUGUCCUUCUAUAACAUUUCUGAAUCCAUGGUUCUCCUCCACAGAGUCCAGACCACAUUCACUGAGCCACUAUAUGCUGGACUUUGGGUUUGGAAUUACUGCAGAUUACUGUAAACCAGAACAAAAUUACAAUUAUAUUACAAAUGCAAUGAGUUGUUCAGCCCUAGUGCCAGCUCACAACACAUCUAAUCGUUCUGAUAUCCAUAUUGAUGUAUUUGGAUAUGCUGGUUUUUCUUUUACUGUUCUGCAGAACAAA